GUAUCGGGACACACCUGCGGAUUCUUGUAAUAAACACUUCACGACACAGUUCACCGAAACUUACUUUAAACGGCUUUAACUUUUGUCCAAUGACAAAUAUCAGCACGUUGGAGAAGAGGAACAGUUAUAUCUGAUUAAGAGGUCUCUCUGUAUAUAAAAGGAUUUUCCUGUGACUUGUUGUUGGAGAAUGACUUUGUUUCGCCUCAGUUUCUUCUGGCCCUCUGUGGUUCUGGUGUUGUUUCUCUAUGGAGGUCCAUCAGAGGCUCAGGUUGAAGAUAAGAACACAUGUAUGAAUAAAUUCAUCCACGGAAAAGAUGAUUUCGUGUUGAAGACAAACGAAUCCGUAAAGGAAGGAGCCACAUUUUUGGGGUCUCCACAAGUGUCCCGGCCGGAGGAUUGCGUUAUGGCCUGCUGUAAAGAUCCAAACUGUAAUCUGGCCCUGAUGGAGGAGGCAGGAGACUCCUCUACCAUCAACACGUGCUUUAUCUUCAACUGCCUGUACAAACAGAAGAGGGUCUGUCAGUUUGUAAAGAAGCCCAGAUACAGCAACUAUCUUUUGAAAUCUGUUUUUGAUGAUUACCUUGAACAACAAGGUUCAGAUGAGGAGGACAAACCUCCAAUCGCAUUUGUUGGACAGGACAAAGUUGUUCAGCCCCAAGAAGAUGUGACACUAAACGGCAUUGAGAGCCGAGAUGAUAAGAAGAUUGUGAAGUAUGAAUGGGAGAUGCUGUUUGAAGACCCAUCAGUAGUCAUGACGAAAACAAAUUUUCCGGACGCAGUGACGAUCUCAAAUCUUUCUCCUGGGAUGUAUAAGUUCAGACUGACUGUGACGGAUGAGGCCGGACAGACAGACUCAGCAGAGAUUUCUGUGUUAGUACUGACCCCAGAACAGUCCCUCCAUCACUGUCUCGUGCCUAAAAAAGAGGGUCCGUGCCGAGGGUCGUUCCCACGCUGGCAUUACAACGCAGCUUCUCAGAAGUGUGAGGUGUUCAAAUUUGGAGGCUGCAAACCGAAUCGCAAUAACUACCUGACGUUCAACGAGUGCAAUAACGCUUGUGACAAAGUUUCAGUUUCUACACAUUCUGGUAGAUUGGGUCCAAUCCCUGGUGAAAAGUGUGAUGAGGCCUGUGGUUCAGAGCAGUUCAUGUGUUCAAAUAACUGCUGUAUUGAUAAAGAUCUUGAAUGUGAUGGAGAAACACAAUGCAGUGAUGGAUCAGAUGAAUCUCAGUGCUCCAACUUGAAUAAUAAGUUCACUCGAUUAAUUCAGGUUCCUGUGGAUAACUCUAAAGCUCAUUGCGUCGACCCCCCAGUAACAGGAAUCUGUCGUGCCAGUUUCACUAAGUGGUACUAUAAUCCAUAUGAACGCAGCUGUAAACGCUUUACCUUCGGUGGUUGUGAGGGAAAUAACAAUCGCUUUGAUACAGAGGACCAAUGCAUGGAGUCAUGUCGCUCAGUGACCGAAUCUGAUGUGUUUGAAAGACGGGCUGCGUUUGAGAGACUGGAAGGCGGCAGUGAUCAAGUUGCCAUUGUCAUUGCGGUCUUACUGGGCAUUGGCAUUGCGAUCUUGCUGAUUGUUCUUAUAUGUUGCCUCCUGAAAGGCAAAAAGAAGGGUCGAAACAAACAUCAGACUGUCGCUGUGAACGGCGGUCACACCUAUGAUUAUUCUGAGAAACUCGUGUACAACAGCACCACUAAACCCAUCUGAAUUCAGCUCAGUGUCUAUAUGAUGCUGCUGGUGUGUAUGGUGAAUAAUCUGUGUGUAUAUGCUAUCAUUUUUGUUUUUAGAGUAGAUAGAUUCAGAACUAUCAAGCAAAGGUUUAAAUUUGUUUCUUCUAUGUAUUUAAUCAUUUUUUAGAGUACUAUAAAGUCUUUAGCUUAUAUUUUGCAUGUUGAAUUGUGCUCAUGGGUAAAUAUGGAUUGAAAUAGCAAAUACAUUUUGAUCUUAGUUUUCAAAAUAAAAAAUGUGACCAUAAAACAUUUACUUUUACUUUGGGAAACACACAUUUGAAGGAUAAACUGUUAUUUUAAUGUUUUUUUUUUUUUUAGAUUAUCAAAAUGUGUGUUAGUGCAAAUCUCUAAUGCUGCCUCUUAACAUUCAAGCUUACAGAUAGGUAAACUGCAUUACAGCUUAGAGAAUAGUGAGAGAUUUUAUCAUGUUGUAGAUCUGAGAUGAUACUUUCUUUAUUGUUAUGUUAUUAUUUGUAAACUCCAGCUACAUUAGAAGAAACAUUUUUCUUUUUAAAUUGUUUUAUUUUGUUUUGUUUUUAGUAAGCAGGCAUUUGAAUGCAUCAGUAAUGCUCAUAACUGUAUGAAAUAGUCUAAUCUUAUCCCCACAAUGCAAGUUUGUACAUAGUUUUUAUUUUGUGUUUCUGAAAUGUGCAUGAUGGACUACUGAUGAAGUCUAAAUAAAACUAAAGUGUACAGA